AUGACAAGUACUCUUCAUUUAUUCAUAGCACUUUGUGUGCUAUUACAAUUAAGCCCUUCAUCACAUGCAACAUUUGUUAGCAUUGAUUGUGGCUCCUCCGAAUCCUUCACCGAUCAAAACAACAUAAGAUGGGUUGGUGAUGAUUCAUACAUCCAACAUGGUGUGCCUCAACAAGUCUAUUUAGGUUCCAAUGAUCCAUUGAGCACUCUUAGGGUGUUCCCAAAUGGAAAGAAGCAUUGCUACUCCAUCAAAGUUCAAGAGGGUGAAAAGGUUCUUGCUAGAGCAAGCUUCUACUACGGGAAUUAUGAUGACAAGUUCUCACCACCAAUCUUUGAUCUUCAAUUUGAUGGAAAUUAUUGGGCCACUGUUAAUACAUCAAAUUAUUACUAUGUUGAUUAUGAAGCUAUAUAUGUGACUAAGGGAAACUUUACUAGUAUAUGUGUUGCUCAAACAAUGCCUAAGAUGCUUCCUUUCAUUUCAUCACUUGAACUACGUAGCUUGGACCCAAAAAUGUAUAGCCAUGUUGAUUCCCAUCAUGCUUUGAUUUUGCAAUGGAGAUAUGCUUUUGGUGGAAAUCAAACUAUCAGGUACCCAGAUGACAUAUAUGAUAGAAUAUGGAGAGCAGCAGAUGGCAUAGGGCUGUCUGAGAUCCAUAAUCAAUUUUCAAGAAUUGACAUGACAACAUCAGAAGAUGUUCCACCUGAAUCUGCACUCCAAAAUGCCAUUGUCUCAACAAGCACCAAUCACUACAUUCAAUUCAUCAACAGGCUCUCAUCAAAGAAACAAGUCCCUGUUUACAUCACAACUUACUUCUCUGAACUCAUUCCAACUGCAGUUGGAAACAGGUCCUUUCAGAUGUACAUUGACAACAACAAAUUCUCAACCCCUAUUGUUCCUCCUUUUGGACAAGUUAAGGAACUUUAUGUUACUAAUGUUACUGCUUCUUCAGACACUUCUUUUGUUCUUCAGGCUACUCAGACUUCUACUCUUCCUCCUUUGAUAAAUGCUCUUGAGGUUUAUACUAUUUCUAAUGCUUUGACUGCAGGAACAGAUAGCAGAGAUGUGGAAGGUUUGUUACAACUGCAAUUUGCAUUUGAAGUGCUUGUGGAAUGG